AUGUUCUUUUCAGCGAAUUCGAUUCACGCGCUCAUUGUGCUUAUCGCUCCUGCAUAUGGUUAUCCUGGGCCUAUACCAAGAUCGCAUGCCCCUGUCACCCACGUUGCACCUCGACUUGAGGGUGCGGACGUUGCCUGUUCCACGUUUGCAGCUGCAUGGCCAGAAGCAGUUGUUACACGCGCCAACACAACGGAAUAUACUUCAGAAAUCAAGGCGCACUGGUCACAGACAGCAUGGAAAUCUCCAGAUUGCAUAGUGACACCUGCAUCUGUGCAAGAGCUCCAGUCAGCAUAUUCGCAGAUUGUUUCCUCCAAUGUAACGUUCGCUAUUAGAGGUUGUGGCCAUUCACCUCUCCCAUUGUGGGCGAACGUAGACAACGGUAUACUACUAUCUACGAAAUCGAUCACCAGCAUUGAAUUCAACGAGACCUCGGAAACUGUUCGAGCUGGUUUUGGCAAUAAUUGGGGGGCGUUGUAUACUUACCUCAGGCCAUAUGGCAGGAUCGUUGUCGGCGGAAGGUCGCCAAGUGUCGGCCUUGCUACGAUACUAGGAGGCGGCCUAUCGCAUUUAUCAAGCCUUUACGGAUUCGUGUCCGACAAUGUCCUCGAGUUCGAGUUGAUCAAUGGUAGCGGCGAGCUGAUCAGAGCGAGUUCCCAAACGAAUGCGGAACUAUUCUACGCGCUCAAAGCAGGUGGCACUAAUUUUGGCAUUGUGACGCAUGUCACGAUGAGGACAUUCCCCCUAGAGAAAGUAUGGGGCGGUGCACUUGUGUUCACGAACGAUCAUAGAGAUGACAUUAUGCGAGCUUUAUCGACGUACCAGAAUUCUGGACAACUUGAUGCGAUGUCAGCGGUCCUUCCUUAUAUGGGCCUCAAUAACGACACUACGUAUAUUAUACUCGUAUAUCUUGAUGAAGUCGAAAAGCCAGAGGCAUUUCGGCCUUUCUACGAUAUUCCAUCAAUAUACGAUGGUACGCGCGUCUACGACAGCUUAAUGGAUCUGAUCAGCGAGGAUCUCAACCUUGUGGUACCAAGAUGGAUAUACGGAGCGACCACAUUUCUACAAGAUGAGCAACUCUAUAUUGACGUUGCGAAAAUAGCUCAGAACGCAACAUCGCGUCUCUCAUCCAUCAAUGGAGGCUCCUUGGUGUUUCAGCCACAACCGAUCUCUACAGCCAUGAUCAAUAACUCUCUGACACGGGGUACCAGCCCAUUGACAGCAAGACUGGAGAACAAAGCCCAAAUCUGGCUCGAAAUGAACUUCGGAUGGAAUUAUGAAUCUGACGACAGUCGCGUGGGAGAGAUUUUAGAGGAAACACUGGCGCAGAUUGAAAAGCUGGCAAAGAUGCGCCAGUUAUAUUCAGAAUUCGUCUUCCCAAAUGAUGCGUAUCUGAGUCAGGAUCCGUUACGAAGCUUUGGUACGAACACUUUUCGGAAGUUGAAACGCAUUUCCAGGACAUACGAUCCCAUGGGGAUCUUCCAAUCACGCCUUGCAGGUGGCUUCAAGUUAGGGGCAUAG